AUGUAUCUAAGGAAGUUUUUCUUUUCUCCUAGCACGAAGAAUAUAAAUGGAAAGACAAGUAUUGAAAGUAGAUUAAAGUGGAACUAUCAUCAUGGACGGUGUGAUACGCGUGAAUUACACUCCAUUACUAACCAAGGAGAGAAAAAAAAAAGAAAAGGUUUAUUCGCUUUGAGUAGCAGAAGUUUUGCUAUUGGUGUUUUUGAAAGGAAGAAACCACAUAUGAACAUAGGAACAAUUGGACAUGUUGAUCACGGUAAGACAACAUUAACAGCUGCUAUUACAAAAGUGUGUGCAGAUUUAAAUAGAGGUACUUUCAAAUCAUAUGAAGAAAUAGAUAAGACACCAGAAGAACAGAAGAGAGGAAUAACAAUCAAUGCAACUCAUGUAGAAUAUGAAACAGAAAAAAGACAUUAUAGUCAUAUAGAUUGUCCUGGUCAUUUAGAUUAUAUAAAGAAUAUGAUAACAGGUACAUCACAAAUGGAUGGAUCGAUACUAGUUGUAUCUGCUUAUGAUGGUUUAAUGCCACAGACAAAAGAACACGUUUUAUUGUCCAGACAAAUAGGUAUCGAAAAGAUGAUUGUCUAUUUAAACAAAAUAGAUAUGUGUGAUGAUAAAGAAUUAGUUGAUUUAGUGGAGUUAGAAAUAAGAGAAUUACUUUCAUUUCACAAGUACGAUGGAGAUAAUAUACCAUUUGUCAAAGGAUCAGCACUGAAAGCUUUAAAUGAUGAUAAAUCUGAAUAUGGUGUCCCAUCUAUUUUAAAAUUGUUAGAUGCAUGUGAUAAUUAUAUUGAUGAACCCAAGAGAAAAAUUGAUCUUCCCUUCUUGAUGAGCAUUGAUGAUGUUUUGCAAAUUUCUGGAAAGGGUACUGUAGCCACAGGAAGAGUUGAACAAGGUACUCUAAAAAUAAACGAUCCCGUGGAAAUUUUGGGUAUUAAAGAGAAAUCAAUAAAAACUGUUAUAACAGGAAUUGAGAUGUUCAGAAAAACUUUAGAUGCAGCACAAGCAGGAGAUCAAAUUGGAGUAAUGUUAAAAAAUGUAAAAAAAAACGACAUUUCAAGAGGUAUGGUUGUAACCAAAGUGCCAAAUUUAAAAACGUAUAAAAAAUUCGAAAGUGAUGUUUAUAUUUUAAAGCAUGAAGAAGGAGGUAGAAAAAAUCCAUUUUCUUCCUAUUAUAGACCUCAAGCUUACAUAAGAACUGCUGAUGUUAAUUGUGCUGUUAUUUUGAAUGAACAUACCCAGGUAGCCAAUCCUGGAGAUAGUAUAAAGUGCACAAUUGAGUUAAUGUAUCCCUUAGCUUUAACCAAUGGCUUGCGAUUCUCCUUGCGAGAAGGUGGUAGGACCGUUGCUUCUGGGGUUAUAACGAAGGUCAUAUGA